AUGGCGGCGAUCUCACUCACCUCGCUGCUCAUCUCCCUCCCCCAACAAUGGCAACUUAUCUGUGCCGUCUCCGUCCUGCUGUUAACGUGGAGUUGGUGGUCGUCCAGGGAAGGCCGGCUCAUCAAGCUACCACCGGGCCCCUCCACGCUGCCCCUCCUGGGCAACCUGCACCAGCUCGGCCCGCUGCCGCACCGGGCCCUGCGCGACCUGGCCCGCGUCCACGGGCCGGUGAUGCGGCUGCGGCUCGGCCGGUCGCCGGCCGUGGUGCUCUCCUCGGCGGCGACGGUGUGGGAGGCGCUCCGGGGUCACGACCUCGACUGCUGCACGCGGCCCGUCUCGGCGGGCACGCGGCGGCUCACCUACGACCUCAAGAACGUGGCCUUCGCGCCCUACGGCGCCUACUGGCGCGAGGCGCGCAAGCUCCUCACCCUGGAGCUCCUCAGCGCGCGCCGCGUCCGGGCGGCGUGGCGGGCGCGCCGCGACCAGGUGGAGCGGCUGGCGAGCACCCUACGCCGCGCGGAGGGGAGGCCGGUGGCGCUGGACGAGCACGUCCUGCGCCUCUCCGACGGGAUCAUCGGCACGGUGGCGUUCGGCAGCAUCUACGGCGGCGACAGGUUCGCCCAGCAGAACAGGAGCUUCCAGGACGCGAUCGACGACGUCAUGGAGAUGCUCGCCGGAGCGGGCUCCUCCGCCGAGGACCUGCAGCUCCCCAGAGUGAUGGGCCGCCUCAUCGACCGCCUUACGGGCUUCGCCGCCCGCCGCGAGCGGAUCUUCAGGCAGCUCGACGCCUUCUUCGAGACGGUCAUCGAGCAGCACCUGCUGGACCACCACCCUAAUAAGCGCGCGGAGAACGGCGGCGACCUCGUCGACGUCCUCAUCGACCUCUGGAAGAAUCCCCGUGGCGCCUUCACCUUCACCAAGGACCACGUCAAGGCCAUAAUCUUUUCGACGUUCGUCGCUGGCAUCGACACGAACGCGGCGACGAUACUGUGGGCGAUGUCGGAGCUCGUCCGGAACCCGCGCGUGCUCAACAAGGUGCAGGCCGAGGUCAGGGCUGCGGUGGGCGGCGGCAGGCAGGUGCAGCCGGACGACAUGGCGAAGCUCAGCUACCUCCGGAUGGUGGUCAAGGAGACCCUGCGGCUUCACCCGCCGGCGCCGCUGCUGCUGCCGAGGGAGACCAUGCGGGGCAUCCAGGUCGGCGGCUACGACGUGCCGGCCAAGACCAGGAUCUACGUGAACGCGUGGGCGAUCGGCAGGGAUCCGGCGAACUGGCCCGACGGCCCGGAGGAGUUCAACCCAGAGAGGUUCGAGGCGAGCGAGGUGGACCUCAAGGGGGAGCACCCCAUCCUGAUGCCGUUCGGCACGGGGCGGCGGAUAUGCCCGGGCAUGGCCAUGGCCAUGGCCACCGUCGAGUUCACGCUCGCCACCUUGCUCUUCGGCUUCCAGUGGGCGCUCCCGGAGGGGAUGGUGGUGGACGACGUGAGCAUGGAGGAACAAGGAAGCCUCAUCUGCCACCGGAACACGCCGCUCGUGCUCGUGCCAACCGUGUACCGCAACGGCCUUGAUGAAUAG